AUGAUGGAGUGUCGUACACCCAGGUUUCUGCUGGAGGGAACCAUACAGCGCUUCUCCAAAGUGAUGGCUGUGCUGUGGGUUGUGGAAGCAAUACAUUUGGACAGUGCAACAUCCCGCCCUUGGACGCUGGAGUGUCAUUCACCCACGUUUCUGCAGGCGGGGAUCAUACAGUGCUUCUCCAAAGUGAUGGCUGUGCUGUGGUUUGUGGAAACAACAGAUAUGGACAACGAAGCAUCCCGCGAUUGGAUGAGGGAGUGUCAUACGCCCACGUCUCUGCAGGAGGUCUCCAUACGACGCUUCUCCGAAGCGACGGCCGUGCUGUGGCUUGCGGAGGGAACUUUUAUGGAGAAUGUAUUGCUCCGUCGCCUCAAGCAGGGACGUUCUAUGUUUGCCCUACGUUGCAAGGUAGAGACCUUGUGCUGCAGCUUGAUCCUGUUCGUGAGGAUAAUGAAGUGGAUGCUUUCUGGAACGGACGUUCAGAUUAUUUUGGAUGAUGCCGGGCGGUCCAAGAAUGCUCGAAUUGCAGGUCCACCUCAAGAUAGGACGUCGGCGUUGUCCUCCCAGCCGCGGAGCAUGGGCCCGUUUGACCCGGAAGAAACGGCUGAAAUGGAGCUGGCGCCCAAAGGUUGGGCAAGGAAGAUUCGACCCAUCGACCCUCGCACCAAUGAUGUGAAACGCCUCCGCAGCGACGAGGAGGAGCUGGCGCAAGCCAAGCGAGCGCUGCGUGGGGUGAAACCUGGAGAUUGGCAGGGUCACGCCUUCGCACACUACAGGAAGAAACUGAAAGAUGAGGGCCGUUGGUUGGCCUUGCCCGGCCUUGUGGACCUGGUUCGCCGGACCUCAGAGGAAGCCUUGAAGGCUGGUUCCUACUGCCUUCCGAAUAACAAUACGGCACAGGAGAGUUGUGUGGAACCCGAGCCCUGUUCGGGCUUAGCACUUCCCCCGAAACUUGGUGGCACUGGACGCUGGACCAGUUGGAUGAUCGGAAAAACUUUGGUCCUGGUGAUCCUGGUGGCAGGUAUUUUAUUGAUGCAACUCUUAAGGAAAGUUGAGGGGUGGCUGGUAGUGUCGCACAAGACGCCCUUGGAAGCUGCAGGCAGUGCUAUGGAGUGCACCCUUGGGCAGCACUUCAAGGGCCAUCCGGUGAUCGUCACUUUUGAGGCUUCGGAGUUUGAGAGAAGCGACGAGAAGAAAGGGCAGAUUGUGGAAGGGGACAAGAUUCGCCCUCUGUGGCGCCACUACUACCAGGGCACCAACGGACUGAUCUAUGUCGUUGACAGCAAUGACCGUGAUCGCAUUGAGGAUGCCCGGGAGGAACUCACUAAGAUGUUGAAUGAGGACGAGAUGCGUGAUGCAGUGCUGCUGGUUUUUGCCAACAAGCAGGACCUGCCACAAGCAAUGACCGCGGACGAGAUGCGUGAUGCAGUGCUGCUGGUUUUUGCCAACAAGCAGGACCUGCCACAAGCAAUGACCGCGGCAGAAGUGACUGAGAAGCUUGGCCUUCACAACCUUCGUCACCGCCAGUGGUUCAUCCAGUCCGCAUGCGCAACCACUGGCGAUGGUUUGUACGAAGGCUUGGAUUGGCUUUCCCGCACUUUGUCCUCUAAGCGCUGA